AGCCAUGAAGUACAUUUGCAGGACCUGUUCACGAAUGGCUGAUCCUGGGGCUGCCAAAAACAUUUUUGCGCCCACGAGUGCAUCCGUUUUACGACAAAUUGAGACACUGACAAAUUUGCAGCUAAAAGAGGAUGACAAGUUGCCCAAAUUUAUGUGCCAGGAGUGCCAGCACGAUUUGCAGAUUGCCAUCGACUUUCGCAGAGUUUGCAUUGAGGCGCAGGAGCUACUAAACUUGCAGCUGCAGCAGGAGAAAAAGGAGGAGGAGGCCUUUGAGAGCCUGGCGGAGCAAUGGUUAAAUGAGGAGGAAUGCUCAUCCAACUCGUCGGAUCCACAAGAUAACGGAAAAGUAAAGUCCGAAAUCCUGAAACACACACAGGAUAGAGAUGCUAGCAAAACAAUUUCAGUUGUUUCAAUCGAGCCUGUGAUCAUCCAGCCAGCUUCUAAGGUGGAGCACCUGCCUAAGAAGAGUCCGGGUGUUCAACCAGAACUCCCAGCGAAAAGACGGUUGUCGGAUGACCUCCCAUUUUCGGCGGGGCCUCAAAGUCCUCAAGAGAUUGAAGCCGUUGACGAUUUAGACUCCUCCAGUCACUCGUGCAGCAAAUGUGGCCUUGACUUUGACAAUCUGGACGAGCUUAGGACACACAAAUACCAUCUGCACGACGUUCCACAGAAUACCAAGUUCGUCUGUGACCACUGCAGCGAGGGUUUCCGAUCGGCAGCCGCACUAAGAAAGCACUGCCAAAUGAUUGAACUUCCAGAAACGCACGAGUGCACAAAAUGUAAAUUGAAAUUCCACAACCAGAUCUUGCUAGAGACCCAUGAGGAGCGGUGCAAAAAGCCGCCGGAGACCCACCACGUGUGUCACCUCUGCGGAAAACGGCUUACCACAGCCUUCAACCUGAAGAACCAUCUGGUUCGUCAUGCAGGCACUCGGCCCCAUAAAUGCGACAAGUGCGAUGCAACCUUCUCUGCCGCCGCAGAGCUCAGUUCGCACCGGAAAACCCACACAUCGGAGCGUCCGUACGCCUGUCGGUACGACUGUGGGAAGACCUUCCGCUUUUGCAGCGCCCGCAGCAUGCAUGAAAGAAUUCACAUGGACGCCAGCAAACGUAUCUACCAAUGCGAAUACUGUCCCAAGUCCUUUGUGACCCCGAGCGACUGCAGAACACACCAGAAGUAUCACAACUUGACUCGCGAUCACAGCUGCGACACUUGCCGGAUAAGCUUCAAGCAGCUUAAGCACUACCAAGCUCACCUGAAAUCAAAUGCUCACAAGACCCUGGAAGCGCGUGCCAGAGCUGUUAAGAAAUGAAUCCCUCUUCCCCGCCAGCAGAAAUUUGGAAAUUUAAAAAGAACUGAAAUCAAUUUCAUCUACUGCAUUUUAAUAUAUAAGUACUUAAAUGAUAUUAAUAAAGCUUCCUUUUCGUAAUCA